AUGGAGAGGACCAGUAUGAAGAUCUUUGUGUUCCUGAUGUGUGUGUUUGGCUCCUCACUAGCUGCCCCUGCCCUUGACAGUGGCAGCAAUGAGCAGGCAGCUGUUAAUAAUGCUAAAACUGCUUUACAUUUGAUGGAGCUCUACAGAAUGAUAGGAAAACUGCAGCAACAGGCUGCACCAGCUGAUGUACAGUCUCAACUUGUACCUCAAGCACAGCAGGAGUUCAAUCCGGCACUGCUGGCACCCAGAGGAGAUGGAUCAGAUGAGGAAAACACACUAUUCAAUGGGUUUAACCCAGCACAUGGCUUCCAGCACGCACAGCCGGCUGCUCCACUGAACUCUGAUGAGGCGGAAGCAGCAGAAGAAGCUGAAGCAGCGGAGGGAGCAGAAGGUGCAGAAGCUGUAGCAGUGGAGGGAGCAGAAGGUGCCGAAGCUGUAGUUGACCCCACUGAAGCCGUCCCAGCUGUAGAAGCCGGUACAGCGAACGACAUCCUGCCCGUUGCCGCGGAUGUUACUGUUGCUGCCGCUGACCCACUUCCCGAAGUCACUGCAGCUCCUGUUGCCGUUGAGGCAUCUGCGGUACCCCAGGAACCUUUGGUCGCCAUAGAAACCGACACCACUGCAGUGGGGCCUGAUGUUGCCAUUGCUGUAGAACAAGUGUCGGCGGCUGAAGCUGUUGAUACAGUUCUGCCUGUGCAGUAA